AUGUGGAUUCUACCGCUCAUCGGGUACAUUGGUGCCAUACUCGGCUUCUGUUUUCUUACAAUGGCCAUUGCGUCGGGCCUGUACUACAUGUCGGAGCUCGUCGAGGAAAACACGGUCAUCGCGAAGCGAUUCUUGACGAAGCUGAUCUACGGCAUCAUCGUCGCUCAGGUCUUUCUGUGGCUGGUGGACGGUCUGCCCUUUCUGGGAACAUUGUUUGGCAUAUUCUGCCACGUGGUUUACCUGGGCAACAUGCGCAAGUUUCCGUUCGUGAAGCUCACAGACCCCCUGUUCAUCCUGACAUGUUCAGUACUGGUCCUGGCUGAUCACUACAUCUGGUUCCGACACUUCUCGCAGGCGCAGGCGCGCUCCUAUUCCCGCUCUGGGUACUACGACGACGUCGACAUUCCGAGCUUCACCCAGAUCGCUUCGUACUUUGGUCUCUGCGUCUGGCUCGUGCCCUUCUCGCUCUUUGUCAGUCUCUCGGCGGGCGAUAACGUGUUGCCCACGAUGGGCACCUCAGAGCCCACGCGGGACAUGGACGGCAAGGUGAAGCACCAAGGCAUGUUCAAGUACAUUGUCGAUUCGAUCCGUGGCGCGAUCGGACAGGGCUUCCAAGGUCUGGACCGGCCAUGAGGGAUGUUCAUAAUGGUCAACGACCCCUUUGGAUCCAUACCCACGUUCUGGGCGACAACACGGUACGUUAUUCGAGUUGAUCUGCGCCUCCCGCCAGCACCCAUACUAGCAUGAUGAACAAACUUUCCGCUAGAUUGUAUUUGACGGGCUUCACGCCCGACUGAUUUUCAAAAAAAGUUCAUAAUUUCCUGAUCAAAGCUUCACUCUACUGCUACUUUUCCGACGAAGUUCUGCAAGCUCGAGCUGACAAUUUCUUAGGCAAGCAGUCGCGCCGCAGGCAUCGCGCCCGCCGUGUGACAAAAGAAAAUACGAUGGCUGUUGUUUCAAGUUUCGGCCCUCCU